AUGGGCUUCAACCUCCUUGGCUCCAAGAGAGCUUUCAACUGGUAUAUAUCCCUUGUCGCGGCAUCGUGCAUGGUGCUUUACGGCUACGAUGCUUCCGUAUACAAUUCCGUCCAGGGUUCCGACAACUGGGUCGCAUAUUUCGAUGACCCGGACGCAAACACGAUCGGUGCGGUGAACACAGCCUAUACAGUGGGUGCCAUCUUCGGCGGUUUCUUCUUGGGUGGACCAUGUGCAGACUUUUUGGGCCGUAAGAUCGGCAUGGCCAUUGGUUGUGUUCUGGUUAUCGCGUCUACCUUCAUGCAGACGUGGGCCCCCCGGCACAAUAUCGGAUGCUUUAUUGCGGGACGAACCAUUAUCGGUAUUGGCCAGGGUAUUGCAUUGACGUCCGGGCCAAUCUACAUCGGUGAACUCGCGCCCCCAGAGAUUCGGGGAAAGAUUAUGACAUUCUGGCAAAUGUUCUACUCGGUGGGCUCCUUCAUCUGCUUCUGGGUGAACUAUGGCUGCACCAACCACAAGGAGAAUUUAGGCGAGUGGGACUGGAAGAUGGUCGUGAUCUUCCAGCUUCUCAUGCCGACUCUUAUUCUCAUCUUGCUGCCAACUAUUCCCGGCAGUCCACGAUGGUUCAUUCAACGUGGAAACAACGUCGAGAAAGCUCGUGCAGCCCUUUCAAAGGUGCGAGAGACCGACCAAGAGGUGGAGGAUGAGCUGCUGAGAAUCCGCGAAGCCCUUGAGUAUGAGAAGGAAGCCAUCUCCAGCAACUACUCGGCCCUCUGGAAGGACAAGUCUCUGCGCAAGCGUAUGGUCCUUGCCUUGAUCAUCAACGCUGGUCAACAGAUCACUGGACAGGGGAGCUUGAACUCCUACUCGACCAAGAUCUACCAAAAGGUCUUUCCCAGCGCCAGCCAGAUUGCCCUCAUCAACGCCCUCAACGCGACGUUUGGUAUCCUCUUCACGCUCAACGCGGUGUGGAUCAUCGAUCGGUUUGGACGUAAGUUCUUACUGAUCGUCGGAGGUAUCGGUAUGGGUAUUUGCAUGAUCAUAGUCUCCGCUGUCGAGACAGAAACACCAUCACCGAACGACACGAAGAGUACGCCUGUCGGCAUAUCCAUCGUGUUCUUACUCUUCCUAUUUAUUUUCUUCUACAAACCAUCUUGGGGUGCGACAGUCUGGAUCUGGACAUCCGAGGUCUUCUCCAUGAACGUCCGAGCGCAAGCCGUCGGCAUGGCCUCUCAAACGCAGAAUGUCGCCAACGCCAUCUUUCAGCAGUUCUUCCCCAUCUUCCUGGACAACUGUGGCUUUUACGCAUUCUACAUGUUUGCAGGUAUCAACUUUCUCCUUGCAGUCUUUGUCUGGUUCUUCAUCCCCGAAACCAAGCAGGUUCCUUUGGAAGAAAUCGAUGCUCUGUUUGGUGGCGCGAACCACGUCACUCGUGGCGAAGAGCUCAUUGCCACUGAGAAGCAGCAGGUGUCUGCCACCCACAAGGAGUAG